AUGGCCGAUGGUUGGACGCACAAUGCCUCAGUCAAGCAGCUGGUCGAUUCCUUGCAUGAGAAACUGGACCUGGAGAAUACUGGGAGUCUGCAAGAUGUAUGCUCUGCGAUCACGGAUGAUCAUUUUGCCGAUCUUCCAGAAGAUGUGAAGACAGAGAUACUGCAACUGAUGAGCAAGAUCCCAUGUGCCCUAGCCAGAGACUCUUCAGAAGCAGAGGCUAGAAUGAAGGGCAUGCUGCAUUGUAAUAGAUGUGACGACGAAAAGCAUGAACAUACUCAAGGAUCAGAUUUGCCAGCUCCAGCUAUCGACGAGCUGUGCAAUAGCUUGGCUUGCAUAAUUCCUAAACUCACGCGCACCCCCAGCCUUCGCAUAAAUGCAAUGAUCGCAUUGAGAAAGACUCUGAUGCACACUUCAACGCCCACCCAUCUACAGCUUGCCUCUGUGUUUGGCCAGUUUUGUCUACAGUCCCUGCGCAGCUCAGUCAGAGAGUUGAGGAUUGUCACCGGACACUCGAUUGUGGCAUUCGUUCGUAAGAGUCUGGGCCAUGAAUUACGCCGGAGAAACUUUGUCAUCAUUCUAGAGUGGCUCGAGAACCUAUUUGCAAAGCAAGAGGCGCCACUGCAGGAAACCGGCAUCAUGACUUUGUGUCACCUGGCACAGCUAUCCAACGACGAGGAAAUGAAUAUCAUCCUUCUUCGCCUGGUGGAAUACUUGGGACAUCCGAACCCAUUCAUAGGUGCUGUGGCUUAUGCCGAGCUAUCAAAACUCGCGCAGCAGCUGACGGUUACUCCUGCUGGUUUGUUCCGGCCGUUCUGGAGAACUCUUGCCGUAACAGUGGUGAAGAACUUCCAAACUCGCCCUUACAUGGCAGAGCAGCUGUGUGACUUGCUGGGAAUGAAGGUCGACGAUUUCCUUAGGCUGACCGAAAUCCAUGUUUUGCCUUAUCUGGUGUUCGCACGGAAGCGAGACAUUAUUGUGAGACUAGCCUCAAGCUACAAGGAGACAAAAUCACCAUUCGAUAUUUGCUCGGAGAAGAACAACCUCGCCGCCAUCCUUUCGUUCUUGCUGAGCCAGCCUUCAGCGAAGCCAGAAGAGAUGGUAAUGGCCACGCUCUCGGAGAUAGACCCAGCUUUCAAAGGCCGUACUCUGGCUGAGCUCGUACGGAUCGAGCCUAUAUUGAUUGCCUGUGAUCUCUUGAAACGGCUUGGAGACUCUGGCGUGGAAAAUGAAGCAAGGUUCCGUCGAGCACUUCAUCUCCUGGCCGACCAUGUCCCCCGAAAAUCAGUUCACUCUUCCAAGAAAACAAGUCAUAUAGGCCCCUUUAUUGAAGAACAUGUUCUUGGAAUUAUCACCCAGUUCGCCUACGCAGUGAAUGAUUUCCAAAUCAGACAACCAGUGGCUGAAAAGAAGAGAAACAUCAUCGCCAUAGGUGAGAUGGUGAAAGUUGCUCGGGGUCAUGUUAGCAGCGCACUGCCGCAGAUAUGUGCCUGUCUUCGAUCUGCGCUGGAGAUGGAAGAUCUAUGUAACCAUGCUUUCACCGUCUGGGCGGUAUUGGUGAGAUCUCUACAUGAAGAGGAGCUCGAACCUCUUAUUGAUCAGACCCUGUCAAUUGUGAUCAAAUACUGGGUGAGGUUCACGGAAGAGACCAGGAAGUGUGCCUAUGAGCUUGUGGAGCAUAUCUUGAAGAACCAUCAGGAGUUGGUGCGAGACAUAUACAACACUAUGCCUUCAUUGUCUACCAUUCCAGAGUUAUCUGAGUUCGAGGCAGAGAUACAGAAGCUCAAGACUAGGAUGGACGUUCGAAGCCAUUUGUUUGCAUUCAUCCGUCGUUGCCAGAAUGAAAAUGCAACCGUCGUUGAGCAAGCUCUGAAAGAGCUCGUCCCUUAUCUCUCGGAGCAUGAAGAAUUCCUCCAUCGAACUGUGCUGAGUGAACAGCCAGAUCCAGUCGUCGCCCAGUUGACACGAUCUCUGCUCGACUGCUGUGCGAAGUUCAAUACAAGCUCAGACACGAUCACUCUUCUAGGCGCGCAAUGCUUGGGACUUAUAGGAUGCUUGGAUCCAAACCGGGUUGAGACUAUCAAAGAAAAGAAAGACAUUGUUGUGUUGUCGAACUUUGAUCAGAUGGAGGAGACUUUCGACUUCAUCCUUUUCUUUCUCCAGCAUGUGCUCGUUGAAGCCUUUUUGUCGGCCUCCAACACCAGGGCUCAGGGUUUUCUUGCAUACGCUAUGCAGAAUCUCCUGAAGCUCUGCAAUAUAGACACGGAUGUCACCCAGCGGUCUCGCGAUGACCGGGCAGAUGAAAAGUACCGCCGUUGGUUGGAGCUUCCGGAGACCGUUCGCAACACACUCACCCCUUUUCUCACAUCAAAGUACACUGUCACCGUUGGGGCUGUCAACUCAAACUGCAAAUACCCCCUUUUCUCGGCCGAUGUAACACAUGGUGACUGGCUGCGGACGUUCGUGCAAGACCUUCUUCAAAAGGCGAGCGGUGACAAUGCACGGCUUGUAUUCAGCGUAUGCAGUCGCAUUGUCAAAGGUCAAGAUAUCGCCAUAUCAUCCUUUCUUCUGCCUUACGCGGUCCUGAACCGUGUAGUCGGAGGAACAGAAAUCGAGAAGGAGGAUCUCCUGAAGGAAUUGGCAAAUGUGCUAUCUCAUCCGCUCCCAGAUACCAACAACCAUGUCCAUGAGACAAUUUUGCUCUGCAGUCAGAGCGUUUUCGAAGUUCUUGACUACCUUUCGAGAUGGCUGCAAGGAAAGAAAAAGCAGCUCAACAGCUCCAGACACCGCGCGCAAAGGGAAACCUCCGGAAGCUUAGUCCAAGAUACUUAUUUGGCACAUAUCAAAGCUGUGGAAUCGCUUCUGGCUUCCAUACCCGCGGAGAUCAUCUCGAAGAGAGCCGUUGAGUGCAAGUCCUUUUCGAGGGCUCUUUUUCACUGGGAGCAGUACAUCCGUCAAUAUAAGAUCCAGUCCAGAAAGCAGACUAACGCCAAUAUGGAGCCUCUCUAUCAACGUCUGCAGGACAUCUACAGUCAGAUUGACGAGCCAGAUGGUAUCGAGGGCAUUUCAGCUAAUCUUCACGUUCUGAAUAUUGACCAACAGGUUCUUGAGCACAGAAAGGCUGGAAGAUGGGCCACUGCACAGAGUUGGUAUGAACUACAGCUUGAGAAGGAGCCAAAUAACAGCGACGCGCAAUGGAAUCUCUUUACGUGUCUUAAAGAAUCAGGGCAACAAGAGGCCAUUCUUACAAGAUUUGAAAUCCUUCGCAAGACGGAUUCAGUCUCGAAGCUCCUUCCGUUUGCCGUGGAAGCGUCCUGGAUCACAGGCAAUUGGGAGAAACUACAAGAUUACCUCCGGCUCUCGCCGCAGCGGGACACUGGAGACUUCAACACCGGUAUCGGCUCAGCCCUUGAAGCUUACAGGAAUGGCAAUAAAGAACAGCUGGGGAAUAUCCUCAAUGGCUUGCGGCUUACCGUCGCCAAGUCCCUGACUGCCAAUGCCGUCAACUCCUUGCAGUCAUGCCACGACAGCAUGCUGAAGCUCCAUGCCUUGACAGAGGUAGAAGCAAUCGUUGGUUUCCGAGGUGAUCAAACAAACGCCGCACUUUCUGAACUCCAUGAUGCUUUGAACCGCCGUCUAGAUGUUCUAGGAGGGCAUAUCUCCGACAAACAAUAUCUUCUUGGCUUACGGAGAGCUACAAUGGAGCUGACUGGUAACUUCGCUGUGUCUGACAUCGCCGCUGCAUGGCUUGCAAGUACUCGCCUCCUUCGGAAAGGAAAUUUCACAAACCAGGCAUACCAAUCAAUGCUUCAUGCUGCCCGACUCAAGGAUAGAUCCGCUACCAUUGAGCAUGCCCGUCUUCUGUGGAAAGAUGGCCAUCACAGAAAGGCCAUACAAACGCUCGAAGGUGCAAUCGCUGCGAAUGAAUUCGCUUCAGACACGGUCCCGAUGGAUUCUAACUCUGGUUCGGCCGCUUCUCAUCGUGAAAAACACCAGAAUCUACUCGCUGCAAGGGCCCAUCUUUUGCUGGCAAAAUGGACAGAUAGAGCGGGACAGACGCAAUCCGAUGUCAUCGUCCAAAGAUAUCGAGAAGCCAUCAAACUCCAUACGAGGUGGGAGAAAGCGCACUAUUACUUGGGGAAGCAUUACAACAAAAUCCUGGAUUCAGAGAAGGCCAAGCCAUUGGGGAAGGAAGCCCAGAUAUACUUGACUGGCGAGGCCUCGAAGCUUGUCAUCGACAACUACCUUCGUUCUUUGGCCCAUGGAAACAAGUACGUUUUCCAAUCGCUGCCCAAAGUUUUGACUCUGUGGCUGGAACAUGCAUCCACCGUGGAUCAGCCAUUCGAUCCUAAAAGGGGGAAUAACGAGGAGUUCCAAAUCCACACCCUCAACCAACGGAGGAAGAGUCUCGAUGACAUGCAUUCGCAACUGAAGAAGUAUGUCAAUCGCAUGCCGGCUGCCCUACUUUUCACCAUCCUCUCUCAAGUCGUCGCUCGUAUCUGUCACCCAAAUGCCACUGUAUACGACUUGUUGACAAAGAUCGUCGCCAAAGCCGUGAACUUCUUCCCUCAGCAAGGGUUAUGGACGGUUCUUGCUGUAGUCAAGUCCUCGUCCAAAGACCGGGCGUCCAGGGGCAUGAAUUGUCUUCAGAAAAUUACGGAGGUGAACAAGAAGCUGAAAACGGAGUCGCCAUCCGACAUGCGCGGAAUGAUCAACCAAGGACAGAGGUUCUCGGAUGAAAUGCUGGGACUAUGCAACUUCAAAAUCCCGCCCGAAGAGAAGAUCUCGAAGUUGAGUCUCUUCCGGCAAGUAGGAUUCGACCGCAAGGUAGUCCCUUGCCGGCUUGUCGUGCCGUUCCAGGCCAUGUUGACGCCGACACUGCCUGCCAACCAUGACUCCGAGUACUUGAAGGGGUUCAGAGCAUUCCCUCGAGAUCCCACGACUAUCGAGGCUGUUUUCGACGAAGCUCAAGUCCUCAACUCCCUCCAGAAACCACGAAAAGUCAGCAUCCGGGGAUCCGAUGGGAAGAUCUACAACAUUCUGUGCAAACCCAAGGAUGACCUUCGCAAGGACCAACGUUUGAUGGAAUUCAACAACAUGAUUAAUCGAUUCCUGAAGAGAGAUGUAGAGUCCAGCAAGCGACGAAUGUACAUCAAAACAUACGCUGUCACGCCGUUGAAUGAGGAAUGCGGUAUGAUCGAGUGGGUCGAUAACCUCAGGACUUUGAGAGACCUCGUUAUCAAACUACUUCGUGAGCGAGGCAUCUCACCGAAUUACACCGAGAUCAGGAACAAUCUUAACGAGAUCUGUAAAGACAACGCCAAACUGCCUUGGUUUACAAACAAGGUGCUAGCAAGAUAUCCUCCGGUGUUGCACGAAUGGUUCGUCGAGAUGUUCCCAGAGUCAGGUGCAUGGUUUGCAGCACGACUCCAGUACACGCGAUCUUGCGCCGUCAUGUCCAUGGUUGGAUAUGUGCUAGGGGCCUACUUCAGACUCGGUGAUCGACAUGGUGAAAACAUCUUGUUUGAGGAGGGAUCAGGUGGCGUUAUUCACGUCGAUUUCAACUGCCUAUUCGACAAGGGCCUAACUUUCGAAAAACCCGAACUCGUUCCUUUCCGCCUGACACAGAACAUGGUUGAUGCGUUUGGGGCUUAUGGCUAUAACGACGCACUGAUGACGGUACUCGAGACAUUCUUGCAUGAUCCAACAACAGAUUUCAUCGGGAAGAAACGCCGCAACCACCAUGCAAAUGUCCCGGAUACCCCAGCAGGUGUCUUGGAGAGUGCCCGCAAUAAACUCCGCGGACUCCUGCCUGGUGAAUCUGUUCCACUGUCCGUUGAUGGCCAUGUCGAUGAGCUGAUCAUGCAAGCGACUGAUAUCAAGAACCUGUCCGCAAUGGUACAAAUCAGCGAGACUCAACGCAACAGCUUGAAUCAUACAUAA